CAUGAAUUAUCUUGCAUCAUAUCUUUAGCUACACGUGUGUUGCAUGUGCUGCUGUCUGCGCCACUAUGCUACGACUAAUACGAAAAGUCGGUCAUAAAGGUGUUCAUCGGGCUCUACACUCCUUCACCAACUCAGAACUUGCGGCUUCGAGCAGAUUUUCUAGAAUUUAUUUGUCGAGCGGCCGUCUGCACGCGCGGUGGAGUUCUGAUGGAGUAAAAGGAACGGUUAUUGGCAUUGAUCUUGGAACAACUAAUUCGUGUGUAGCCGUCAUGGAAGGCAAACAACCAAAAGUAAUAGAAAAUUCCGAAGGAUCUCGGACCACACCCUCUGUUGUUGCAUUCACGUCUGAUGGCGAACGACUGGUUGGAGUUCCUGCGAAGAGACAAGCGGUCACAAACCCAGAGAACACGCUGACAGCAACCAAACGUCUGAUAGGAAGACGAUUUGAUGAUGCAGAAGUUCAGAAAGACAAGAAGUCUGCAGCAUUCAAGAUUGUGCGAGCAAACAAUGGGGAUGCUUGGCUUGAAUCUCGUGGUCAGAAGUAUUCACCAAGUCAGAUUGGAGCGUUUAUAUUGGUGAAGAUGAAGGAGACAGCUGACAGUUAUCUUGGCCAGAACGUGAAGAACGCUGUCGUCACAGUUCCUGCAUACUUCAACGAUUCUCAACGCCAAGCAACGAAAGACGCCGGAACGAUAUCCGGACUCAAUGUAUUGAGAGUUAUCAACGAACCGACGGCUGCUGCAUUGGCAUACGGGCUCGACAAAAGUGGAGACAAAAUCAUUGCUGUAUACGAUUUGGGUGGCGGAACAUUUGACAUCUCAAUUCUCGAAAUCCAAAAAGGAGUCUUUGAGGUGAAGUCGACUAAUGGAGACACAUUCUUAGGCGGUGAAGAUUUCGACAAUGUCCUGCUUCAAUUUCUUGUAGCCGAGUUCAAGAGAGAUCAAGGCAUAGACAUUGCGAAGGAUGCAAUGGCAUUGCAACGACUGAGGGAAGCAGCAGAGAAGGCAAAGAUUGAAUUGUCCUCAACAUUGCAGACGGAUAUCAACCUGCCGUAUUUGACUGCUGAUCAGAGCGGACCCAAGCACAUGAACUUGAAACUGAGUCGAGCCAAAUUUGAGUCUCUGACGGAGAGUCUGGUAAAACGGACGAUUGACCCAUGCCAGAAGGCAUUGAAAGAUGCUGGAGUAGCUAAGGGAGAUAUACAGGAAGUAUUGCUGGUAGGAGGAAUGACAAGAAUGCCAAGGGUUCAAAGCACAGUAACCGAGUUGUUUGGCCGUAACCCGAGCAAAGGCGUCAAUCCUGAUGAAGCCGUAGCAGUAGGAGCAGCAGUCCAGGGUGGUGUACUGGCGGGCGACGUGACGGACGUCUUACUACUGGACGUCACUCCUCUGUCGCUUGGUAUCGAGACACUGGGAGGCGUUUCAACAAAACUAAUUACAAGAAAUACGACAAUUCCAUCCAAGAAAUCUCAAGUCUUCUCGACGGCUGCCGACGGACAGACGUCUGUUGAUAUCAAAGUGUUACAGGGUGAACGAGAGAUGGCACCAGACAACAAGCUACUCGGGGAAUUUAGAUUGGUUGGCAUUCCUCCUGCUCCACGUGGAGUCCCACAGAUCGAAGUGACGUUCGAUAUCGAUGCAAACGGUAUUGUCCACGUCUCGGCUAAAGAUAGAGGAACGGGCAAAGAGCAACAGAUCGUUAUUCAGUCGUCUGGAGGUUUGAGCAAAGACGACAUAGAGAAGAUGGUUCAAGCCGCCGAGCAGUUUUCAGCAGAAGACAAGCAGAAGCGGGAACUAGUGGAAGUAGUGAAUACUGCUGAGCAAAUCAUCCACGACACGGAGAGCAAGAUGGACGAGUUUAAGGAUCAGCUACCGUCGGAAGAGGUUGAGACGAUGCGCACGAAGCUCGCUGAGUUACGAGAAAAGUUGGCGAAUAAGGACAGUGAGACGGCCGAGUCGAUUAGACAAGCGACGCAUGAGGCACAACAAGCCUCACUAAAACUGUUUGAAAUGGCAUAUAAGAAGAUGUCGUCUGAACGUUCAGAUUCGGACUCGUCAUCUUCCUCGGAAUCUGAGACGUCAUCAGGAGAGGCAAGCGAUGCAAAGAACUAACGGUGACCAUUAGUCAGUCAAUGAUUAAGCUAAUAGUGGGUGGGUAGAGGUGUAUUCGAAUGGUGACUUCCUUUGUUUCUGUUUCUGACAAUCUUAGUCUCAUUUACUUAUUGGUCAUGGAAUAAUGUUGAGUACUCAUACACGUA